AAUAGGUAGGUACCUACAAAAAAACUUCGCUAGUGUUUUAUUAAGUGGAGAAGAUUCACUCUUGUAAAGCGUCCUCUUGGCCUUUAUAAUCGGUAUUUUAUUUUAAUAUAAUUGUCAUUUGUCACCAGGUAAGUACUAAACCCUAAAUCGAUGCGAUAAUGAUAAAUAAUGAGUAGAGGUCAAGAUUUUAGCCACUUUUUAACCGACUUCAAAAAAAGAAGAGGUUUUCAUUUAAACUUUUAAAUUAUUACGAUCAAAUUAGAUUUUAAAAAAUCCUUCAUACAAUGACUACAAAAUAACACUUAAACUUUUAACAUUUUCAGAAUAAACACUAAUUUCGGUGAUCGCAUGUCUAACUAUCCAAAUUGACUACAAAUGACUGUGGAAAACAUAAAACCAUUUUCUACCGUCGCUGAAAUCUUUCAAAAAUUUGAAAAAUGUUUGGGUUUUCAAAAUCGGAUAAAAUGGUCAACUGCAAUUGGUAUUAUCCUAUAUCAUGUAGUCGGUCUUUACUGGUGUUACCAUUACUCAUUUCCAGUAAAAUUGUCAACUAUAAUUUUUGCUGCACUCGCAUUUCUUUACACUGGACUUGGAAUCACAAGCGGAGCUCACCGUUUGUGGACACACAAAGCGUACAAAGCAAAAUUACCUAUGAAACUAAUCCUUCUCUUGGGGUUCACUGCAAGCGGUCAAAAUUCCUUAUACCAAUGGGUGCGUGACCAUCGCGUUCACCACAAGUACAGCGACACGGACGCAGAUCCGCACAACGCCAACCGCGGCCUGUUCUUCUCGCACAUCGGAUGGUUGAUGCUGAAGAAGAACGACCAAGUACUCAACGCCGGGAAACUCAUCGACAUGUCUGACAUUACUGACGACCCGUUACUCAGAUAUUUUAACAAAAAUUUCAUCUGUCUAAAAAUACUGUGUUGCUACAUCAUACCGUUCGUUAUUAAUGUUCAUUUGUUGGGGGAGACUUGGCAAUGUGUGGUAGCGUGGCAGUUCUUCCUCCGCUUCCUCAUCACGUUCCACAGCGAGCUGACAGUCAACAGUCUCGCACACUUUUACGGAUACAGGCCUUAUGACAAAAAUAUCGCACCCAAACAGAAUCGUUUUUCAUCAAUCUGCACAUUUGGGGAGGGAUGGCACAACUAUCAUCACGUGUUCCCCUAUGACUACAGGGCGGCUGAGCACUUCGAUGUCUUUAAUUGGGGUACAGCGUGUAUCCGUUUCUUCUAUACAAUUGGCUGGGCUUACGAUCUGCGUGAAGCUACUCCUGAGAUGAUCAAUUCAGUUGCAGAUAGGCUAGGAGAUGGGACACCAGUAUACUGUUCGAUAAAGAAAUCAGUAAUCCAAAAUAACGAAUAA